GCGUGGAACGCUGCUCUGGCUGCCAUCCGCCGGGUAGUAUUUAUAGCACACCCCCCUCCUCCUCCUCCUCCCCCCGGCAAGAAUUAUCACUCAAGGAAUCAUCAGCAUCCUUCCCAACUUGUGCGGAGCGGGCAGGGAGGGUCUGCAUCGAGGAUGCCACCCGAGGCGUACUCCAUGGAGGAAUAAGAACAUCUUGUGGAGCAUUGUGGCGAAAUGGUGGCCUCCUAGCAACUAUGGAAAUGUUUACCAGUUCAGACCAGUCCCUCUCCCUCUCCCUCCACACUCCGUCCAUCUGCGGUCCAGGCGGUGGACAGCAGCGCGUACAGUCCUCCCUAUCCCUCCCCGAACCCGAGGCCUGGAGGAAGCCCAUCCCAGCCGCCCGCCCCGGGUUGGCACAGGGUGUCCGCUCAUGCUCCCUACAGGUCCCUCACGGCGAAUUCCUGGACCUUCCCGCCCGAGCGGCCAGCUUUGAUGUGCCAUGUGGGGAGGAUUCGGAUCGAGGUUCGGGGUCUCCGAGCCCAGGACACGGGGCGCUUCGGCGGCGUGGAGGACUGGUGGAACAGAAGGACAUCAUCAUGGCUCACCAGGCUCAUAAAAUCCAGAGCACACCGCAAGCUCGCAGGAAGGAGUGGGAAAUGGCUCGCUUCGGAGACGAGUCCGCUCCCAGCACCGUGGACUCCGGGGAUGGAGACGUGGAGCGAGGCAUGGACGCUCAGGACCCGGCGGUGACAGCUGCCGCUGCUGGUGCCGGCGCACUGACGGCGUCCAUGAAGCAAGCCAAGGCGCAGCGGGCCAGGACCAUGGCUCUGUACAACCCUGUGCCGCACCGGCAAAACUGCCUGACCGUCAACAGGUCGCUGUUCAUUUUUGCAGAGGACAAUAUCAUCAGGAAAUAUGCACGUCGCAUCAUCGAGUGGCCGCCGUUCGAGUACAUGAUCCUGGCCACCAUCACCGCCAACUGUGUUGUAUUGGCUUUGGAGCAGCACCUUCCCGGAGAGGAUAAAACCCCCAUGGCAAAGAGACUGGAGAAGACAGAGCCAUACUUCAUCGGGAUAUUCUGCUUUGAGGCGGGAAUCAAGCUGGUGGCGCUUGGUUUUGUCUUUCACAAAGGUUCCUACUUGCGUAAUGGCUGGAACGUCAUGGACUUCAUCGUUGUGCUGAGCGGGAUCCUGGCGACGGCAGGAGCCCACAUGAACAUCCCUGUGGACCUUCGCACCCUGAGGGCUGUGCGAGUCUUGAGGCCCCUCAAGCUGGUUUCUGGCAUCCCCAGCCUGCAGAUAGUGCUGAAGUCCAUCAUGAAGGCAAUGAUCCCACUGCUUCAGAUUGGUCUCCUCCUCUUCUUUGCCAUCCUCAUGUUUGCCAUCAUCGGCUUGGAGUUCUACAGCGGGAAGCUUCACCACACCUGCCUGCCGUCUGUUGACAUCCUGGACAACGAGACGGUAGACUCAUCCGAGUUGGCAUUUGCAUGUGGCGUGAGGAAGUGUCCUGAGAAGUACGACUGCAAUGACACCUGGAUCGGCCCCAACGAUGGCAUCACACAGUUUGACAACAUCCUGUUUGCUGUUCUCACCGUCUUCCAGUGCAUCACCAUGGAGGGAUGGACAGCCGUUCUCUAUAACACUAAUGAUGCCUUAGGCCCCACAUGGAACUGGAUGUACUUCAUCCCCCUCAUCAUCAUUGGCUCCUUCUUUGUGCUCAACCUGGUGUUGGGAGUCCUUUCUGGAGAGUUUGCCAAGGAGAGAGAGCGUGUGGAAAACAGGCGGGCCUUCAUGAAGCUGCGGCGACAGCAGCAGGUGGAGCGGGAAUUGAACGGCUACCGGGCCUGGAUUGACAGGGCAGAGGAGGUAAUGCUAGCAGAGGAGAACAAAAACUCUGGGAGGUCACCAUUAGAUGUGCUGAAAAGGGCGAGUAAGAAGACGGGCGCACGACGAGGAGCCCCGGGUGACGACAAAUACACAGACAUGUCCACCGCUAGUAUGUCCCGCUCCAGGAUGAACUUCCGUAGCGGCCGCCGUGGUCCAGCCGCCUAUCUACGGCGCAAAGAGCGCAUGUUGCGUAUCUCCAUCCGCCGCAUGGUAAAAACGGACACGUUCUACCUGAUGGUGCUCAGCCUGGUGGCUCUCAACACCAUCUGUGUGGCCAUUGUCCACCACAACCAGCCCGACUGGCUCACUGUCUUCCUCUACUAUGCCGAGUUUGUUUUCCUGGGGCUGUUUUUGGCUGAGAUGUUCCUGAAGAUGUAUGGUUUAGGCUUCCGCCUCUACUUCCAUUCAUCCUUCAACUGCUUCGACUGUGGCGUUAUUGUUGGCAGCAUCUUCGAAGUGGUGUGGGGCUUCUUCCGACCCGGAAUGUCAUUUGGCAUCAGUGUGCUGAGGGCGCUGAGACUCCUGAGGAUUUUCAAGAUCACCAAAUACUGGGCCUCUCUCAGGAAUCUGGUUGUGUCACUCAUGAGCUCCAUGAAGUCCAUCAUAAGCCUGCUUUUUCUGCUCUUCCUCUUUAUUGUGGUCUUUGCCCUGCUGGGGAUGCAGCUCUUUGGAGGACGGUUCAUCUUUGAAGAUUACACACCCACCAACUUUGACACGUUUCCAGCUGCCAUCAUGACAGUGUUUCAGAUACUGACGGGGGAAGACUGGAACGAAGUGAUGUACAACGGGAUUCGCUCGCAAGGAGGCGUGCAGUAUGGCAUGUGGUCAUCCAUUUACUUCAUUGUCCUCACCCUCUUUGGAAACUACACUCUCCUCAACGUCUUUUUGGCCAUCGCUGUGGAUAAUCUGGCCAAUGCGCAAGAACUGACAAAGGAUGAAGAGGAGGAAGAGGAGUUCUUCAACCAACGGUAUGCCCGAGGCAGAGAUGGCUUAAUAUCCGAUGGCAGAAGAAGACCCUACCUAUACAGGAAACGUGCCAUCCACAGAGGCCGACCAGCCUUCCCUGAUGAAGGGGAGGGUGCUUCAGGAGCCAUGGAUGAGCAACCCCUCAACAGCUCCAACGCCUUCGCCAAUCGCCGUGAGCGGAGGAGAAAGGUCAACAUGUCAGUGUGGGAGCAACGAGCCAAUCAGCUACGCAAACGCCGGCAAAUGGCGAGCAGAGAGGAGCUAUUCAACAGCCCCACGGAGGACACCGUUGAAACCCCGAGUGCCCACCACGUACCCGCACUGUCCCCAGAGGCCAGCCCCGGCCACCUUCCCGAGUCCCCGAUGUCCGUAGGGAUGCCCCUACCUGAGCCCCCAAUGUCGAUAUCCAUCCCCAUACCCGAACCCCCGACGGCCGAGCCUUUGGUUAACCUCUCAGAGGAAAAAACAGGUGGUGCCAACCACCGAACCACAGGUGGGGGCCGGCACAGGAUGGCUCGCAAGUUCAGGCCCAGUCAGGGUCCAGAGGAAGGGGCCAGGCACCGACGGCACCGUCACCGCGAGGCUCGCCCUGAGGCAAAGAGUCUGGACUGUACGCAGACGCCGCAUGAUGUUCCGCUCACCAAGCGUUCACUCAGUCAGGAGAGGAGGAUACUGGAUGAGAGGGAGGAGCAUGAAGAGAAGGAUAAAGUGGAGGUGGAGGGUGAGGCACUCCAGGAUUCCGGGAUGUGUAUCGUCAACCCGUAUGCAGAUGUUGGAGAUGAUGGAAGGACGACCAACAUCCCUGAGUCUCAAACUGUCCCCGUGGAGACGGCCCUGGAGGCCACCGAGUUCACCGUGUGUGCCCUCGAAUCAGAAAAGCGCACAGGCUCCCUCAACCGUGACAAGUCCAACCUGGAGGGAUGUGUGGCCAUCGAAAUGUCCACACAACCACUUCUGGAGCUCACGCCCAUGACAGUGAACAGCAAAGAGCUGGAGGCCUACCAGUCUGACCAGAGAGACAGAGACGAAGACACAGAGGAAGAAGAACCUCCCAUUCCCCCUAAACCUGUUGCUCCAGACAGCAUGUUCCUCUUCAAAGCCUCCAACCCUAUUAGAAGGAUCUGCCACUACGUUGUUAAUCUGCGCUACUUUGAGAUGACCAUCCUCCUCGUGAUUGUGGCCAGUAGCAUUGCUCUGGCUGCUGAGGACCCUGUGUGUACCAGUUCAGAAAGAAACAAGGUCCUCCGUUAUUUUGAUUACGUCUUCACUGGGGUGUUCACCUUUGAAAUGAUCAUCAAGAUGAUCGACCAGGGCCUCAUCCUGCAUGACGGCUCUUAUUUCCGAGACAUGUGGAACAUCCUGGACUUCAUUGUGGUGGUGGGAGCCCUCAUUGCCUUCGCUUUGACGAAUGUGAUGGGAAACAAUAAGGGCCGAGACAUCAAGACCAUAAAGUCCCUUCGUGUCCUGAGAGUCCUGCGACCUCUUAAGACCAUCAAGAGGCUUCCUAAGCUCAAGGCUGUGUUUGAUUGCGUGGUGACAUCGCUGAAGAACGUCUUCAAUAUCCUCAUCGUCUACCAACUCUUCAUGUUCAUCUUUGCCGUCAUCGCUGUGCAGCUCUUCAAGGGGAAGUUCUUCUAUUGCACCGACAGCUCCAUGAACACGGAGAAGGAGUGCCAAGGCUACUACAUUGACUAUAGCAGGGACAAGAAGGUGGUGAAGAGGAGAGAGUGGAAGAGGCAUGAGUUCCACUAUGACAAUGUCUGCUGGGCCCUCCUCACGCUCUUCACUGUCUCAACCGGCGAGGGAUGGCCUCAGGUGCUGCAGCACUCCACUGAUGUGACCGAAGAGAGCAUGGGGCCAAGUCGAGGCAACCGCAUGGAGAUGUCUGUUUUUUACGUGGUCUACUUCGUGGUCUUUCCCUUCUUCUUCGUAAACAUCUUUGUGGCUCUGAUCAUCAUCACUUUCCAGGAGCAGGGUGACAAGAUGAUUCAGGAGUGCAGUCUGGAGAAGAAUGAGCGGGCUUGCAUUGAUUUUACCAUCAGUGCCAAGCCCAUGACCCGCUACAUGCCCCAGAACAGACAAACAUUCCAGUACAGGCUGUGGCACUUUGUGGCAUCACCCUCAUUUGAGUACACCGUGCUGGUCAUGAUUGCCCUCAACACGGUGGUCCUCAUGAUGAAGUACCACUCUGCCCCAACGGCCUAUGAUACAGUCCUAAAACAUCUAAACACAGCAUUUACCGUUCUCUUCUCCAUGGAGUGUAUACUCAAGAUUAUGGCCUUUGGUUUUGUGAACUAUUUUCGAGACACUUGGAAUAUUUUUGACUUCAUAACAGUCCUUGGCAGCAUCACUGAGAUUGUUGUGGAUUUACAGUCGGUGAACACCAUCAACAUGAGUUUUCUCAAGCUCUUCCGAACAGCCAGGUUGAUCAAACUUCUGAGGCAAGGUUACACCAUUCGCAUCCUGCUUUGGACUUUUGUACAAUCUUUCAAGGCGCUUCCUUAUGUUUGCCUGCUUAUUGCAAUGCUUUUCUUCAUAUACGCCAUCAUCGGAAUGCAGGUGUUUGGAAACAUUAAGCUGAAUGAUGAGAGUCACAUCAAUCAGCAUAACAACUUCAAGACGUUCUUCAGCGCUCUCAUGCUGCUCUUCAGGAGUGCAACAGGGGAGUCCUGGCAGGAGAUUAUGCUGUCCUGUCUGUCGGGCCAAGAGUGCGAGCCCGACCCCUCCAUCGCCCCUUUCACAUUGUCCCCGGACCAUGAGGGAGGCUGCGGCACUGACUUUGCCUACUGUUACUUUGUCUCCUUCAUCUUCUUCAGCUCCUUCCUGAUGUUAAACCUGUUUGUAGCCGUUAUUAUGGAUAACUUUGAGUACCUCACGCGGGACUCCUCAAUCCUUGGACCUCAUCACUUGGAUGAAUUUGUCAGAAUCUGGGGAGAGUACGAUCGUUUGGCAUGUGGACGCAUCCAUUAUACGGCCAUGUAUGAAAUGUUAACACACAUGUCUCCUCCACUCGGCUUGGGAAAAAAAUGUCCUGCGAAGAUUGCUUAUAAGAGGUUGGUGCUGAUGAACAUGCCAGUGGAUGAGGACAUGACGGUCCACUUCACCUCCACUCUCAUGUCGCUUAUACGCACGGCGCUGGACAUCAAAAUAGCCAGAGGUGGUGAAGACCGCAUCGCCUUGGAUGCUGAACUGCAGAAAGAGAUCAGCAUUAUCUGGCCCUACCUGCCCCAGAAAACUUUGGACCUCCUGGUGCCUAUCAACAAAGACACGGACAUGACGGUGGGGAAGAUCUAUGCCUCCAUGAUGAUCAUGGACUACUUCAAGCAGAACAAGGCCAAGAAGCUGCGGCAACAGCUGGAAGCUCAGAAGAGCAACCUGAUGUUCAAGCGUCUGGAUGCUUCCACGCUCCCUGAGGACAUUCUAUCCAACACACAGCCUUUGCCCCUGAUGGCUCACAGUGCUGGCUCGGCCCUGACAAGAGGGGGUUUCGUGGCCUUGAGUCCCAUUUCACCUCAGGAGCUAUUUCUACAGUCUAUGAGCUCUGACGCUGAUGGGAGUCAGCAGCAGAACCUGACGGAGGCUUCAGGCGGAUCAAUGAAGCGUUCUGCCUCCACUGUGGCCGACCACCGGGUCAAUGGUCUUUGGCAGGAGGAGAAAAGUCCGGAGAGGUUUUAUCGACCUCGCCACAAAAGCUACAAGGCUGCAGUGUCUCGGUCUGAGCACUGGCAGCAGGGCGACAAAGAGAGAGGUCGAUCCAAGGAGCGCUGCCACCUUUUGUCUCCGGACACAUCUCGUUGCAACUCUGAGGAACGCAGUCUGCAGCCGUCACGCUCCUCAAGUGCGGAGAGGACAAACCCCAGAGACAAACAGGGUAACAGCUCCGACAGCCCUGUGCCCUCCACAUCCGAGUCUAGCACCCCCAGUGUCCGUCGACCCUCAUCGCAAACGCCAACCCGCUCUCGCCCUCACAUCUCCUACUCCCCCCUGGUGUGCCGCGCUGACCCCUCUAUCGACGAAGAUGAUGAGCAAGGCAGCCCGGAGACUCCAAGGCAAGACCAAGUGAUGGGCGAAAGAGGGAGCGAGCCGGGUCACCACCCUUCCCCGCCUCGUCGCUACCCAUCUGAGCCCUUCCUGGCCUCUCAAGAGGAGGACCACAGCCCGGAUCCCACCGGCCCCAUGGAGACGUUGACCUUUGAGGCGGCCGUGGCCUGCAGUCUGGGACGCUCAAACACUGUCAGCUCAGCUCGCCCUCGCUUGCGGACUGGCUGGCAGGUCCCCAACGGACACUUCCGGAAGCGUCUGGCGCAGACGGCCUCGGUGGCGGGCUGCGACCAACUGAGUGACACAGAGGAGGACGACAGGUGCUAGGAAAAGAGGAGACGGUGACUCUUUGCUGCAAUGUACAGCGUUGUCUUAGUUACAGUAUCCGAAACAACACAGAACACUUCUUCCUGGAAUUGUAGUUGCUGAUUCACAAAACACAACUUAAAAAAAAGUGUACUUCCUGCCUUGUACUGAAGAUAGGGCACAGUACUUUAAUGCAGAGCCACAGGAUGGAGGGAUUGUGCAAAGGUCUUAGGCCACCUCUAAAAUAAAGAAAUGAUACUUUACAUAGGGUGUAAAAGAUUUGGAAUUUAUUUCCACUGUUUGAGUCACCCACCAGAAUCAAAGUGGUACGAUCCUUAACCAGAAGCUAACUAACAAACAGAGAGACAAUGUUUAGCUAAUUGUGGCUUAAGAUUUUUGCACACCUUUGCACACAAAUUAUUCAAUGCCAAUAGAUGUUUUUAUAAGCAAAGAUUGUUUUCGGAUUAUUUAUUGACAACACUUUCCUAUACGUCUUUGUAAAUAUAUUAUGAUCGUCAAUGCAUACAAGAAGCUGACACAGCACACUCUCAUACUUUACCAGACAUGCUGUAUAAACAAUUAACAACAACAAUGCUGGAUUUUUUUCUACAAUACGAAUGAAUGUGCAUGGAAUGCGAGGGGUGGGAAGCGUUAUUUCCGUUUUAUCAAUUUUAUCAAUAACUUGUGAGAUAAGAAUGCAGUCGUACAAUAAUAGAGAGGAGAUGCUUUGUUAUUUAAACCAGCAUUGUUGCUCAAUGAUGCCUCCGCCAACUCUUGAACCUUUAAACACUUUUUACGUUGUCAUUCCUGUUUGUUUUUUGCCGGUCGACACCCUUUACAGAUGGAAUCUAUCGGGAACACCAUUUAUUUCAAUUGCCUUGUGAAUAUUGUAUAACCACUGCAGACAAUGACUGUAGACAGACACAGCAUAUACAUUUCUGACGCAAGUAAACAUUACUCUUAUCGCUUAAUAAUAAUGUACAGAGGCUGUUUGUAACAUUUAGAGAGAAUAAAUAACGGGUUAAAGGCUGGCAAGCUGUAUAAAAGGUUUGUUGUGUAUUUGUUUUAAUCACAUGGGACAUGGCCAAAUUUGUGAUUACAAAAAAAAGAUAGAUUUGCAUCAUGAGUUCCGGGGGGGGAUUGUUGGUUUUUAAGUGUAUAAUAGCUGUAAAUACAAAUAAAUGUGUCCUUAAGUCCACCAGUGUGUAUUUAUUGAGCCUUGCAAAACACUAAUGAUUCUAAAAAUAUGAGUCAUAGUUUAAUAGAGCGACAUUGAUAAUGGCACUCCAAUACCUAGUGAAAUGUUCAAUGUUCCAGUAAAAACAAAACAGGGGGAAAUGCAUAAAACAUUUAGCGGUAUCUAAACAGAAUUGUUCAUUUUACAUCACUUUUAAUUGUGUGCGUUGUGUUUGGGAUCAAAUCUGCUUACUGGUCAGAGAUCUUGAAAUGGCUAUGCAGACUUUCAUUAGUUUUCACAUUGAUUACUGUGGUGUCUUGUAUAUGUUGGUAUCAA